GGUACCUUGACAAAAAGGGAAGAUGUUUAGUGUCUAUAGACUUCGCAAAGUACCCAAUUUGGUUUCCGAAUUUAGGAAGAAUACAAUUACCAUGGCAGCUUUCUCGGUAGCUCCUAAUACAACAGGUGGCGGCGCUGCAACAAAAUCACCAUCAACAUUGAUGAAGAAACCGGCAGUUCUAUACCAUUACCCAUGCCCUGAUGGAGUUUUUGCCGCUUUGGCUGCUCACCUUUAUUUUUCUUCCCUACACAUUACUCCUCUUUACUUCCCUAACACUGUUUACUCUCCUCUCAGGGUGGAGGACCUUCCUCUAAAUGAAAUUGAUCAUGUUUAUCUCCUGGAUUUUGUGGGUCCACCUGGUUUUGUACACCAACUCAAGUCUAAAGUUGACUUUGUUGUUGUAUUGGACCAUCACAAGACUGCACGAGAGCUGUUAGGUGGAGGGACAUCUGUGAGUGAAAAUGUGAGUAAAGUGAUUGACAUGGAUAGAAGUGGGGCUACUAUUGCUUAUGAUUAUUUCAAGGAGAAGCUCAUAACCGGGGACAAUAACAAAGCUGCUGACGGUAGUGCACUAAAGAUUGGUGAAUUUGAUAGAGUCAGGAGAUUUUUCGAAUAUAUAGAGGACAGAGAUUUGUGGAGAUGGAAACUCCCAGACAGUAAGGCAUUCAGCAGCGGGUUGGAUGAUCGCAAUAUUGAAUAUGAUGUCAAUUUGAACUCCUCCUUGUUUCAACAGUUGCUUGCUUUGGAUCUAAAUUCUGUUGUAGGGCAAGGAAAGAUAAGCUUGUCCCACAAGCAGAAACGAAUAGAUGAGGUCCUUGAGCAAUCAUUUGAGAUAGCACUUGGAGCUGGAGCAUUUGGUUGUUGCCUGGCAGUUAAUGCAGAUUCUUUGCCUGAGUUAAGAAGUGAGCUUGGGAACCAGUUGGCAGUCAAAAGCCGCAAUAUGAAGUUGAGGGGGAUGGGAGCUGUUGUUUAUAAGGUACCUGAGCUUGAAAAUGAUGGGAAGUUAAAAGUUAGCCUGAGGAGCAUUGGUGAUGAGGAUACGACAUCUAUCUCCCAGGCAUUUGGUGGUGGUGGGCAUCGACAUGCCAGUUCAUUUAUGUUGAACUUUUCUGAGUUUGAGAAUUGGAAGGUUUCAAAUAGAACUUCGACAUAGGUGAUCUAUUGCCCUGACGAUCUAACUGAAGUUUCUUGAUCUUAUGCCACGCAUUAUCUGACAACUAGAUCUUAGGUAAAGCCCGCAAUCAAAACUGAAUUAGCCAGAAUCCAUGUCGCACUUUCCAUUUGCGCAAAUGAUCCCUUCUAAGUAUCUGCGUACAUCUUUUGUCCCGUGACGAUGGAAGUAGGAUAAUUUCUUUACAGCUAAUAUAGUUAGGAUUUAUAGGAUUGCUCAUGCUAGACUUUCAACCCUUCUAAUAGUGUCAACCUUACAGUCAAAGGUGGUCUGUGUAGCUCUGCUUUUUUAUGUAAGGAACUCUGAUAUGGCACGUUGUGAUGACCUUCCUGGUCGAAAAGAAUGUUGAGAAAAGAAUUACUAGUUCAAUACUGGUGGAUUA